AUGCCUGGUGCUCCCGUGUUUCCAGUGACUUUCCCCCAGGUCAGCCACGUCUCGGACGAAAAGCACCAAAACAACCACACCCGCCCGUGGAAGUGCCCCUACUGCAAAGCCUUCCCCGGCGGCGCCGAGCGCAAAGACCUCAACCGGCAUUUCCGCCGCGCCCACCCGCAUGAGCCGCAAGUGCGCGACAACAAGGCUCACUGGAAGGAGGUCGCCCCCUGCGCUGGGUGCGGGCGCAAGAUGCGUGCGGACAACCUCAAGCGGCAUAUGAAGACUUGCGGGCUGGUUCGUGCAUCCGCAUCCGCCAUCUAG